AUACAUCUAUUUGACAAUCGCAACUUCCAAACGACCCCUAAGUCGUUGGAUUGUGGCAGUACUAUGAUGUAACUUUCAUCUAAUGGAACAAAGUCUAUUCAAUUCAAUGACAACGAUGAUUAUGCUUAUCAUUCACAGAUAAUUCCAAAGAACAAAAGAACACAAAGAGGGCUAUCGUGUUCAAUGUAGUCAAAAUUGCGUUUUAAAACUUAUUACGAUUUUACAUUUUUAUGUCACUAAAACGCUUCUACAUAAAAUCUCAGUUUUUAUAACUUAUAUAGUUAAAAACUCCACUUUAAAACUUACGAUUUUACGCUUCUACAUCAAAACAUUUCUACAUAGAAACUCGCUUUUGACAUCAUGUUGCAGAAACAGGCCAACCAUUUAGGAACCCUGAGGUCUGGAAUGAGAUUAAAAGGAAGUGGUGGAAAUGGCUUCGCAGUCAUUUCGCAUUGGUGAAAAAGAACUAAAAAAAAAUAAAACAGAGAAAGUAGCAAUGGACAGCAGGCUACAGCAUGAUUCAAUUAAUCAUUUUUUUGAGUGUAUUCAGUACAAUUGCUUCAUAACAUUAUUUUAAAUAUGCGAUUCAUGUCAAAAUGAUGUCAAUCAUCACUUAUGAUAUGAUGAACAAUAAAGCACAUGAAUUUGCACAAAAACCAUUAAAGAUUUACUUUAAUUUGAAGGAUUUAUGAGUUUAGAGAUUUAGGGUUUGGGUUAGGGUUUAUGGAUAGAACUCAAAAUUGGAGGUCUAGGGCUUAGAGCAAUCCGUUAAUUAGUUGUCAUCAUAUGUUAUAUCAUCAUAUUACACUAAUUCUACAAAUUAAAAUUCAAAAUCCGACACCUUAAGACUAGUCACCCUAAUAAGAUUAUUAUCAUUCAUAUAUAAAUAACAAAAAUUUGCUUAAAUGGUCUGAAUGAUGGAGUGUGGGAGAGUACAUCAUAUGAGUAUGACUUGUUAAGGCUUACAUUUAAACAUUUCUUUCCUCAUUAAUUCACAUUUUUUAGUUGUCGAUUAGACAAAUUUCCUUUCACCAGGACUUACCUUGGGGCUGGGGGUGGGGGGUUCCAUCUCUUAUGUAUGUUUUUUUCUUAACUCGUGUUUUUUCAUCUAUCAAUUAAGCAAGAUUAUCCUUUCGCUAUGGUUGAUUCCUUCUAUAGGUUAUUACGGACGAUUCCCUCUAGCUAAAGGUUGUUACGGGCGAUAAUCUAAUGGUAUCUUGAGGUGCGGAGGUCACGAAGAUGAGGAUUGAUUCAAUGGUCAUGCAAUCGGCCCCCUCCUAGCUAGGAUAGCCAAUCCAAUGUCACCUCAACCGAUUUACCUAACUAGUGAUGGGUUCUACCUCCUCUAAACGACUUAAAUCCGUCCGCACACAAGUCGGGCAGGUCGAUGGUAACACAUUUAAUAGACAAGCAUCAACUAGGUGAGAAUCUAACUAACAGAGGAUGAUCACCUCGACCUCAAGAUAACCCUCUAGGUCAUCCAAUCGGGGUAAGAGGCAUUCACACAUCUAAACCCUAAUUAGAAGCAUUAAGUACCCUGUCAAACUCAAUUAUACCAUGAAUUCAUAUGCAAGACAAUGAUAAUUCCCUAUAAUCUAGGUUGCAACUAAGACAAAUAAGAUACAAACAAUCCAACACUUAUUGAUGUCUAAAGCACUCUUGACCUACGGUGAUGAAACUAUCACCUAGGUUAAGAACAAAUCAAUCAAAAUCAAGCAAUAUUAUGCAUAAAAAUCAACAAACAUAGAUAAAUAGGUUCAUAAUCAUGCUUAUAUAUGACUCAUACACAAACUAUAAGCUAGGAUUCAUCUUCCCUAAACAACCUUAGAGAUACAAGUCAUAGAGGGGAAGUGUUGAAAAUCAUCUUCUUCUCCUUGGAUUGCACCUUCUUCCUUGAUCUUUGGAUGGAUUGGACCUUUACCAAACUCUCCCAAACUGUUUCCCUCUCUAAAAACUGCACAAAACCCAAAUUUUCUCACUCUAGUCGACUCUCCUUCGUCAAGUACAGAAGAAGGGGUAUUUAUAGUGUCAUGCAUAGAUCACAACCUAAAGGGUGUGACCCAAUGGUCGCGAGGAUGACCAAGCCGUGAUUGGGGUGAAACGGGGCCGAACCUCCCGAAACUUCGCGUCUUGACAUCGGCUUCAAGUUCUGAGAUUGUGGCCUCCAUCGUGAGAUCACGGCCGCGAUUUUUAUCGCGGUCGAAAAGCUCCUUGGCUGCGAUUCAAGUGUCAAAACUUUCUACUUUUGUUGGCUGUCUGCUGAAGUUCUAGGCUACUGCGAACAUGGUCAUCACCUGGUCACGGUCGUGACGUGGCCGUAACUUGUGCUUUUUCUUCCCUUCUUACUCCUAUGCUUCCUAAUAGUGCUCGGAUGAACUCUAAUUGAUUCCCGAUUGAUCCUAGAUGAAUAUAAGUUCUGAAAAUUCAUCACAAAUACUGGAAAAGCAUAAAAUACGACAAAGUGGAGUUGAUUUCCCCAUAAAAACCUUCACAUCAAGCUAACCCAUGCCAAAAUGGAUGUUUUUCAAUUAGAAGCGAAAAUAGACCUAAACUAACUUGAUAUGUGGCCUAGACAUGGUGAUUUAGCAUGCAAAUGCCUCAAGAAUGAGAGCCAAAUAACACCUCUUUUAGGUGUUAUCAAUUCCCCACACUAAAGCGUUUGUUUGUCCCCAAACAAACAUACGAUUAAAUCAUGCUAAUCGAGGCAUCUAAAUUCCCCACACUUGAUAUGUUUCCUAGGAGCCGGGUUUCUAGUGGCUAGGGUCGUCCUAAUUCUACAUGAUCUUGCUUGAUUUACUCGGGAAAGGUCAACAUAAAUGUUUUAGAAGGAUGGUGAUCGGCGCAAGGUGCAAAACAAAGAUCUUUUAAGUAGGUGAAAGACCGAUGCUCUUUCAGUUCUUUGUUACACUUUCUCGAAAAAUAAGAAAUAACUUGUGUAAUUACUACCUUACCCUUCAUUAAAUGAAAUUAAUUACAACCACUAGAUUAAAACUUAAACAAAGGGUUGAGAUUCACUUAGUCAUGUAAUUCCGCUACCGCCUCCCAUCGACAAUCCCACCACGAACGGCGGCUUGGGAUUGAUGUCGCCUCUUCUUCAUCGAUCAAAGGCCCUUUCAUUUUCUCUGAUGCGUUGCAGGUGUUCAUUCGUGAGCUCGAGCCGCGAUCAGAGUUGCGGUAGCACUGCUGCUUCGUCCGUCGGAGUCGGCCAUCGCCUCCAGCUAUCGAUCCGCUAUGAUGUUCUGGGUGGCGAUGGUACGCACCAAAUCCUUCAAUGGAAAGAAUCACUGCUCGUUCCUCGCCUCUGUUUCCGCGAAACCCUCUGCCAUCAUCCUAGUGAUGUAGUUGACUUUGUAGUCUAGGGUUUUGACCCGCUCGACCAAAGGAGUCAUACGACCCUCAAAGCUUUCGAGCCGUUCCUCCAAUGCGUGCAACCGUGGGUGAAGAGGGUCGGGUUCUGACCCUUCGAUGUUGCUGGUAACCAUGGACUUCGUUGGUUGCUUACUCGUCUUCCUAAGAAUUGGGCUUUGAUACCAACUGUUAUGGUGAUGUGACGUGGGGGAUGACGUUUUUACUAGUCGAACAGAAUAAAAGACUAAAACAAGAAUUCUCAAAGGAAAUAACAAAGAAAAUAGCGAAUAAAAGAACAAAAGCUAAAUAUUUGGGUUCAAUAUUCGUAUGCAUUAAUCCAGAGAAUGAUUACAUAUUUAUAGGCUAGGAAAUCCUGCAAUCCCUUCUCCUUUUCCUACUAGGUCGGCGCCUUUUUUUCCUUUCCUAACCAAAAUAUGAAACCUAUUCUACAAAGUAACAAAUUUCAAAUCCUAAACACAUACGUACUAAAAAUCUUAAUCCAACGCAAACAAGUAACAUAAAUAAAUAAUACCAAAAGUACCUAAAUAAUAUUUGAGUACAAACUAAUAAUAAAAAUACUAAAGAUACGCAAGCUCAGUCUUCUACGAAAUGCUAUGAUGACCUGGUCUGGGAACUCAGAGAGAAGGAGCUCGUGAGAACUGAGAAAUUAGUCAUAGGAAUAGAAUAUGACACCUAGAAGUCAUGUAGAAGUGUGGUAUUAUAUAUGAGGAGUGCAGUCUCUUGUCACGUUAGGUGACAAAACACCUAAUUUUGGGUUAUUCACACCAUAUUUGCGUUAUUUACGUCAUAUUUGUGUCAUUCACGUCAUAUUUGUGUUAUUUACGUAAGAGUGUUGAUUAUUCACGCAACCAAUACUGUUAGGUCACCCCACCUGAUGUUUAUUCAUGCACAUUGUUAAUUAUUCACGUUGUAAAAUAAAAUUUUAAACUUUGAAAUAUAUAAAAAAUGAUGUCAUUGUGUAGAUUAUGAUCAAUGCAACAUAUUUUUACAGAUUAAAUGAUAAUCCAAAUUUAAUUUCAUAAAAUAUAGCCAAUACAAAUUAUUAGGGAGAAAAAGUAUAAAUUUCCAUUUACGUGAAAAACUUACACUCUUACGUAAAUCACCAUAGUAUUACGUGAACGAACAUAAAAUAGCAUGAAUAAAUAUAAAAUGACGUAAAUGAACUAGUCUUACGUGUUCUAUCACCUAACCUAACGUGACAAGUGAUGCUUUUCAUAUAUAUGAGAGCUAGCUCAUUAUCAAAAAAUAUAUGAGAGCUAGCUGGCAGCUGCAGUCAGCACUCAGCAGGUCAGAGGAAUUAGUUUCUUCCCUACUUACUUGGCUCUCUCUUCUCUUCCUUCCAUGUAGGGAAAGUUCAUAUUAUUAUACUAAGAUGCAUGCACAUAGGAACCCCAAAUACAUUAUAGAACUAAUCCAUUGUGUACAAACUUCCAUCGGAUCCCUUUCUUGGGUAAUUUUAUUUUUUUGGGUUCCAUCAUUUGAGUUCUUCUUUAAAGUGUGGUAUUGAUAACCUGAUCCUCAUCAACUUUAAAAGUGGGAUGAUUGAUGAUAAUUUGCCCCACAUUCAUGGCUAGUAUCAGACCAAAUCGAACCAUGAUCAUCAUCUCAAUGAGUUACUGAAUAUCUCCUUCUACCUAUAGGUGUCAAUCGGGCGGGUUCUGGCUGGGUUCAAUCGAGUUCGGGUUCAAACGGGUUGCGGGUUAGUCGGGUUGCGGGUUCAUCGGGUUCGGGUUCAUCGGGUUCGGGUUCAAACGGGUUGCGGGUUAGUCGGGUUGCGGGUUCGGAUUCAAUCGGAUUGCGGGUUCAUCGGGUUUUGGGUCGGACGGGUUGCGGGCGGGUCGGGUUUCGGGUUGUUCGGGCCAGCGCAUCAAGUAAAUUAACUCAUUACUCAUUACCAACUUACACAUUUUAUUACACUAAUUUGAAAUAUUUUCUCAACUUUUUAACCAAUUUAUUUCUACCUCGUAUAUAUAUACUUUAUUUUUUUGAAAAAAACUAGUCAAAAUGUUAAAUCAAUUUGUAUGACUUGCAAACUUGUUAUGUAAUUAAUCAUAAUUGGCAAAGUAUUAUAGCUAAUAGUAAUGGUGAUAUCAAUAUUUGCAACCAAAAGACACCGUUAAUUGUUUAUUUGAUAUUUUAGUAUUAAUUCAAUAGUAAUUGGAUUAAAGUAUCUCGUUUAGUAUAACCAUGCAAAUCUGGUAUUUGGCGUGUGGUAUUUGGCAAAAGCAUAGUGAUAAAAGGAGUUAUUUCAAAAUAACUCAUUGCCCAAAUAACUUUAGUAAAUUGUUGCCAAACGAGUUAUUUGUAAAAUUGUUCGAAUUAUCCUAAAAAUUGAACCAUUAAAGAUUAGCUAUCAAAUAUAGUAAAAUUAUUGUGACUUCAAUCAUAACUUACUCAAUAGCAUAUAUCCUAUACACUUAGCUUUACCCUCAAUCAACAAUAUUAAGUUAGUAUAUGUUGUUAAUUGUCUACCCUAAACCAUCAAUACAUUAUACACUAACCACAUAACUUAUACCCUAACCAUAUGUCAUUGCACUACAGGAAAAUUGGUUUCUAGUCACGGUAACUUAUUCACGGUAAUUAUUCCCGUACUAAAAAGUAUGUUAAUAGUCACGGUAAAAAUUCCCGUAUUUGAUUGUAUAGUUCUAAUCACGGUAAUUAAUUUAACUGUUAUGUAUUCUUCAUUUACCGUGAAUACAGUUAAAAGUUUUCAACUACACCCUUAUUAACUUCUGACCGAAAAAGUAUUCAAUGAAAACCGAUCUUCUAAAAAACGUCUCUUGUCCCAUACGCAGAAUAUCACAAGUGUUCUUGUGUGUUUGUAUUCUAUUAAUUAGUUCUUUUCUAAUAUUUCGUCCAUGAACCAUGCAAUCUAGUUGUGACUUGUCAACAUAAUGAUACUAUCAAAGCAGAAAUAUCAAAUAACUAGUAUAUGCUACUAGCGAUGCAAUCAAAUUCUUAUCGACGUUCAUCUUACGGUAUUAAUUGGCGUCAAAUAAUUUAUGUAGAAGUAAUUUAGCUAUUAAAUGGGGAUAAUUAUGUCAUUCUAUUAUAAUUAGUAAAUCCUUGUGAAAUUCAUUUGAAAAUUUCAUCUCAAUUACUCGAAAUUGAUAUAACUACUUUUAAUUUUGUAGAAUUCAAAAGAUUGAAUUGAAAAUUAAUUAUUAUAAAUACUGAACACAAAAAGAUUUAAUUUCAAAAUGAAUUUUCUAUAACUUAUGAAAUGCAUUUAUUACCAAACAAUAUCUUUAUCUUUAAAAAAUAAGGGAGAAUUUGUUUUAUCCAAAAAAUUGCUUUGCCUCCAAAAAUUCUUUUGACUCCAAAAAAUUUGCUUUAAUGAGAACAACACCAAAAUUAACCCGCCACUUCCAAUUGUUUUUGGCUCCAAAAUUUUGGUUCUGACCGCCACUUUUUUGUUCCACCAAAAUUAACCCUCUUUCCCUCUUUCUACCUUCUGUUUACGGAUGGCAACUUUGCCCAUACCCAUGGGUUUCUUACUAUCCAACCCAAUUGAGUUGGGUAUGAAAUCCAAAUAGAUGGAUAUGGGUAGAGUUUGAUGGGUUUGUACCCAUACCCAUUUACUUUGGGUUGAGUUGGGUUUAUAUCAAAUGGAUUUGGGUUUGUACCCAUGCCCAAAUACAAAUUACAGUUUGGUACCCAAACUUAAUAGAUAUGCAUAUCUAGUACCUAAAUUUAAUUUUUUUUGCAUAUAAGUCCUCAAAAUAUCGAUGGAAUAUUACGUUUUGGUACCUAAAUUUUUUUGGUCUUACAUUUUGGUACCUAAACUUUUCAAGUUGCAAAUAGGUCCAAUUUUUGCAUGUGUAGUUAAAACACCCUCCUCUUUCUCUUCCAUAAAAUUGAAGAACCAAAUUAUCCUCUUCUUUCCUUCUACAAAAAGUUGAAAAGUCAAAAGUUUCCCUCCUUAUUUCUCUUUCAUAAUCAAAAGAAUCAAACUUUCCCACUUCUUUCUCUUCCCACAUAUCAAAACCACUAAAAUUCCCACUUGUUUCUUUUCUAAGAAAUUCAAACAACCAAAUUUAUCUCUUCUUUCUCUUUCCAAAAACUUGAAUACACCAAAAUUUCCUCU